AUGAAAAUCAAUAUAGCUUCAAUUCUUUUUAUUAUAUUUUCUCUUUGCCUUGUUAACAAUGCUUAUGGAAAAAAUAAACAUGGUAAAACUGGCUCCAAAAAUGUUAUUAAAAAACCAGCAGAACCAGUAAUUGAUGUACAAGAAUUAAUUAGUGACAUGGUUAAGAAAGAAGAAGAAAUUGUUAAAUUGGCAAAAAAUAAAAAAUCUUUAAGAAAAGCAAACGUAGCCCUUGCCACAGCAUUAAGUGUUGUAUCAGCAUUAUUACUUGGAGGUGCUGGAUUAGUUAUGUACAAUACUGAAAAGGGAAGACAUCCAUUCCAAAUUGGCAAAUCAGAAAGGGGAACAUCUGAAGAUUCUAAACCCACAAACUCUCCAGUCGAUGAUGAAUCAUCCUUGGGUUUUUCAUCCGAAGGAAUACAAAAUUUUGCUUCUACGGCCAGAGAAGCUAUGCUCAAAGAUGAUAUAGCUACACCACUUAACAUGCCAAAUCUUCAACAAUGA